AUGAGAGGGGUUAUCCGAUUUGGAAAACGAGGAAAGUUAAACCCACGUUAUAUCGGGUCAUUCGAGAUGCUAGAAAGGAUUGGUCUUGUGGCAUAUCGCCUUACACUUCCACCUAAACUAUCCAGUGUCCACAAUGUGUUUCACAUUUCAAUGCUUCACCGAUACCUUCGGGAUCCAGAGCAUGUUGUCAAUUAUGUGAACCUAGAAGUUCAAGAAGACCUCUCUUAUGAAGAACAACCAGCAAAAAUUCUUGAUCGCCGUAAUCAGGUCCUUCGAAAUAAGACUAUACCUCUUGUAAAAGUCUUAUGGAGAAACCAUCGUGUCGAAGAAGCAACAUGGGAAACUGAAAGUUGA